UGCAAUUUUAUGAGAUAUUAGACCCAAUUAUGCAGUCCUAUUACUAUUAGUGCACAAAAGUUUGACACUGUGAUCACAAGGUAAUGAGCUGACGAAACAAAACAAUAACAACCUGCAUUAACAAAAUUUUAACAAAGGGACAUUCAAAUUAAAUCACCACAGACUCGCUUAAUUCCAUUGCAAAAGUGAAUAUUUAAGGAAUGUUUUGAUCAAUUGAAUGCCAGUGUUUAACAAAUCGUCAUGUCGGGCAAUUACCAUUACAACAAAGAAUUGUUAGCAAAUCCCGCAGGAAGUGGGGUUGCGAUUACAGGAAUUUCUGGACGUUUCCCCAAUUCCAACAAUGUACUCGAACUCAGAACGACCCUCUUCAACAAGGAAAAGUCCCUCCGGGAGGACACUGGUCGUUGGGACCCGAACCUCUCUGGAAUCCCCCAAAAAUACGGGGUGAUCAAAGACACAGAGAAGUUCGACUGUGGUUUUUUCGGCGUCCACCACCGUCAAGCCCAAACCAUGAGUCCCAUGACACGAAAGUCCCUCGAGGUUGUAAUGGAGGCCAUAUUUGACGCUGGUGUUAACCCAUGUCAGUUACAAGGCUCAAGGACUGCGGUGUUUGCGGUAACGUCAUGUACUGAUAGCGAAAUUUUUGCCACGAGUGGUACUCUUGAGACACAGAGUGGAUGGAUGAGGUCAGAGAUCGCGCAUCGGAUUAGCUACUUUCUGAAAGUUAAGGGUCCAUCGUGUGGCUUAAUAAUGGAUUGUUGUGGAUCUUUUCUUGGUUUAGAUAUGGCCAACUCGAGUUUAAAGAUGGGGAAGUGUGAUAAUGCUAUUGUUGUUGUUUGUAAUCUACUGCAGCAUCCUGAAGUUUGUCGGCAGAUAGCAGAACUAGGAGUUCUAAGUCCCGAUGGUGAAUGUAAAGUUUUCGACGAAAACGCCAGCGGUUACGCCCGAUCUGAUGCCAUCGCUUGUGUGUUCCUUCAAAAAGCAAAACACGCCAAAAGAAUUUAUGCAAAGAUCACCCAUAUUCGAACAGGGAGUGAGGGCUACAAAGUCGGAGGCUUACUUGCACCAUCAUCCAAAACACAAACCGAGUUAAUUGAAGCUACUUUAUCAGAAUCGGGAAUCCACCCAUCCCAGAUUGGUUACCUCGAAACCCACGGAACCGGUACCAUUUUAGGUGAUCCACAGGAAGCUGAGUCCAUAGAUGUGGCUAUUGCCCAAAAACGACAAAAACCUCUUCCUAUUGGGGCUACUAAAAACAGUAUAGGUCACACUGAGGCGGCAGCAGGACUUUGUGCUCUAGUUAAAGCUAUCAUCGCAAUGGAAUCUGGGCUAAUUCCACCAACCAUAAAUAUUGACCAAUUAAGAAAAGGGAUCAAAGGAUUCGAGGAAAAUAGGAUGAGGGUGGUCACCCAAGCAGAAGAACUACCAAAUAAUACGUACAUUGGAAUCAACUGCUUUGGCUGGGGAGCAAAUAUUGCCCACUUGAUCGUAGAACCUGCAAGCAAGAAAGUUGACAACGAGUCGACACCAAAUGACUUUCCCAAACUAGUUUUGGUUAGUGGAAGAAAUAAACAAGCAGUUGUUGAAACACUUCACCAAAUAAAUCGACAACCAAAUGCAGACUUUGUAAAUUUGCUGCACCACAUCUUCAAAGACAAUGUCAAUGGGCACAUGUAUAGAGGAUUCACGAUUUUGGAAGACGGUCAACAAGCCGAGAUAUCUGUGGAGUUGUACCGUCAACACCCAAAGAAACUAUUUGUGUUUUUUGGACCUCUUGAAAGUGGUUUCUUGUCUUUGAAACAACAGUCAAUAAAAGUGUCCCUUUUUCGAGACACUGUUGUCAGGGUUUUGAAGAGGUUUGUUCAGCUAAAAGCCAACUUCGACGAAAACGAUACCUUGCUUGGGGGGUUUGCGGUACAACUGGGUAAAGCAAAGGUGCUGAGAGUGUUGAAGGUUGAGCUAACACCAGUGGCAGAAGAUUCAUUCCAUCAGGUGUUAGUUCUUUAUUGUAAAGGCAAAAUUAGCUUGGAGGAGGCAGUCGAAAUGGCAAUCAAAAGCAAACCCAAUAAAAAUAAUAAUCACUCUGUGGACAUUUCGAAGCAUUCCAUUGUGCUUAAUCUUUCAGACAAACCUCUACGAAUCAACAACGACGACAUGGUUCUAACAACUAAUUUCUUUCAUAUACUAGGAAGACUAUACCAAGAAGGUCACGAUUUACAAAUCCACAAACUCUACCCAAAUGCACAAUUCCCGGUAAAUCGAAACACACCCAUGCUUUCCCAUUUGAUUAAAUGGAAUUGUGACAAAAACUGGUACUCUUACAAAUUCUCAGAAGACACAGACACUCCAUUGCAAAAAAGUUACAAGAUAACGGACCAUGAAUACCUAACUGGUCACCAAAUCGACGGACUUGGUACUAUUCCACCAAGCGAAAUCUUAAACUUGGUCUGGCAGACAUUCAAAUCACGUUUAGUACCAGCAAUCGUCUUCGAAAAUUGCGAAUUCGUAGAAGUCGUACCUCUCGACAAUAUUGACAUUUUCGUAUCCAUUUUACCCAAAAGUGGAAAGUUUGAGGUCUGCAAAGACAACAAAGUUGUAGCUUGCGGAAGAGUGUUCGUACCCGACGACAUCAAGAAAUACCAAAUGAGCGUUCCUUGGUUUGGGCAGAAAUCGAGUGAAACUUUGACACAAAACGAAGUCUACAAGACUUUAAAUCUAAAAGGGUACAAUUACAGUGGUUUGUUUCAAGGGGUUGAAAAGUGUGACCUUGAAGUAAGUGAGGGGUCACUCCGCUGGGAAAACAAUUGGACUACUUUCAUAGAUAGCAUUAUACAGACGGUGCAGCUGCAAGAUAGUACCCACUUGCUUCGUCUACCUGUUGGUAUCAGGCGGUUGACAAUAGAUGUUAAUAGUCACUUGAAGAUCGUCAAUGAGACGAAAUCGUGCCAUUUUUGCUUUCACAAGAAGAGUAGAACCAUAAGGUCUGGAGGGAUUGAAAUUUUUGACGUUAGUACGAAACUUCGUCAAAGACAAUGUCAACAAUCACCGGUUCUAGAAAAAUAUGUUUUUGUUCCAAACGUGGUUACGCUUGAUCUGGAGGAGUCUUUAAUAGUCAACACACAGCUUAUAGUUGAGAAAAGUUUGACAAGUUGUAUCAAGGCGGUAGAAAUUGUCGACGACAACAGUGACUCUCUUCUUCCUCUGGUACACCGAAUAAUACAACGAAUGCCUACAGUCACUUCCGAGUUUACGAUUUGCGCAACCAAAUAUCCAGAAAUUAUCGACAAGUCAAAAAAUUUGCUUUUGGUUGUUGGUACCAAGGUGUUGCAAAAACCAGAGCUUUUGGACCAAAUUUUGGCACUUGUUAGUCAAGACGGUUUUAUCUUGACUCGCGAAAAACCCUCUUUUCGGUAUAAGGAAGUCGCCAAUUUAGAACUUCUCACCGAACAUUGCACUCCCCACGAAAAACUACUAUUGUUACAAAAGUCAAAAUCGGUUGAUAAUGUCAAACACGUACGACUUUCCUGGAAACAGUUAAACUGGUUGCCUACCCUACAACGUGCUCUGAAAACCGAAAAUGUGGUGGUUGUUUCCAGCAACGUAGAACCUGAGGGUGUUUUAGGGUUGACGACUUGUGUCAGACUGGAGCGUGGUGGUACCAAACUCAGGUGUUUUGUCACGAUGGACGAAGUACCGGAGUUUGAUUCAGGCAGUGUUUUCUAUCAAGACCAACUAAGAAAGAACUUUGCCGUUAACGUUUUCAAAAAUGGCCAGUGGGGUACUUAUAGGCACUUACCUUUAAGUCAAGAUGGGUCACGUGACUUUGCGUGCGACGAAGACAAAUCUUAUGUCAUCGUUGGAGGUUUGGGGGGGUUUGGGUUAGAACUGACCCAGUGGUUGGUGGCUAAUGGUGCCAGAAAGGUGGUACUGGUGUCUCGAGUGGGACUACAAAGUGGCUACCAAAAACGCAAAAUUGGGCUGUGGAGGUCUUCUGGUGUCGCUGUAACAGUGUCUACUGUAGACACCACCACCAAGAAGGGUUGUCUGGAACUAAUCCAAAAAGCAAUAAGUGAGUUAGGACCAGUGGAUGGCGUUUUUAAUCUGUGUGUGGUACUGAAAGACGCCUUCUUUGAAGAUCAGACUGAAGAAAAAUUUAAGGAGUCGUUAUCGUCUAAGGCUAAUAUUGCUGUUGCGUUGGACCAAGUGACACGACAAUGUUGCAAAAACCUCAGGUACUUCGUUAUGUUUUCGUCUAUGUCGUGUGGACGUGGCAACCCUGGCCAAAGCAACUAUGGAAUGGCCAACUCCGUCAUGGAACGACUUUGUGAAAAAAGACGAAAUGAUGGUCUACCAGGUUUGGCGAUACAGUGGGGUCCCAUAGACGAUGUUGGGGCUUAUGCCAAAGCAGUGGGUCAAAAAAAAAUUCCUCUUCAAGGUUUCGUAGCCCAGAAAUUAGGGUCAUGUUUCAAGGUUUUGGAACGUUUUUUGGAGCGAGCAGACGCUGUUGUCUCUAGUGUAGUGAUUGCGGAAAAAAACAUCGUCAACGGAAAUUCACACAGCGUGCUUGACCAACUUGCUCAUUUACUAGGGGUUAAGGAUGCGAGAAUUCUUAACAAGGAAUCGACUUUGGCAGACCUUGGAAUGGAUUCGAUAGUUGGGGUUCAGUUUGCCCAAAUUUUGGAGCGAGGUUAUGGAAUUUGUAUACCGCUUGAAGAUCUUAGAAGUCUCACGGUGUCAGAGUUAGUCGAAACCGAAGACAAAAGGGGUUAACUUUAACAAUAUGUUAAUACUUGACGAAAUAAAACUCUAGUGAAAA